UACGGAUGGGUCCAGUGCCAUAAAAACAUAAAAUGGAUGAUCAUUUGAUGAACUGAUGGUGGUCUUCAAUCGUCAUUUACCAUGUAAAGUAUAAACAAUAUCGAGAUUUGUUAUUAAAAAAAAUAUCGAAAUUUGAAACACGAGGAGAAGGUUUCAGGUGUGAAUAUCGUGGUUUAUUUCGCUCGGAUUUCGUUUCACUGUCUGAACUCGCGCUUAAAAGCUCACCGUCUUCGUUGCCAAUGCUUAACUCAGUUUGCGCUUUGCAAUCACAAACAUGCAAGUUUUCUCUCUCGGUGCAUCAGCUAUGCCUACUAGUUGUCGAAUGUUAAGGCGUUUCCGGGUUGUGGCUGAUGGGUUCCCUUCGUUUCUUCCCAAAGAGGUGGAGAAAAUCAAAGACCCAUUUGCUCGAAACCUAGCCAAGAGGAUUCAGAGACUACCUGUCCCUGUGAAGUUCUCAGAAAAUCUGAUAAUGAGUAGUUGUGUGAAGCCACUGAAGGAGAACAAGAAAAAUCCAAUAGUUCUUCUACAUGGUUUUGACAGCUCAUGUUUGGAAUGGAGAUAUACAUAUCCAUUGCUUGAGGAAGCUGGUUUUGAGGCUUGGGCUGUUGACAUUCUUGGUUGGGGUUUCUCUGACUUAGAAAAACUUCCACCAUGUGAUGUUGUAUCAAAACGUGAUCACUUCUAUCAGUUGUUCUAUCAACAGUUUUGGAACUCAUACAUCAGAAGGCCUAUGAUAUUAGUUGGACCAAGCCUUGGCUCUGCUGUUGCCAUUGACUUUGCAGUCACUUAUCCAGAAGCUGUGGAAAAGCUUGUUUUGAUUGCUGCUAGUGUAUAUGCAGAGGGAACAGGAAACCUGGCAACCUUACCUAAAGCUGUAGCUUAUGCUGGGGCGUAUUUGUUGAAGAGCAUCCCGUUACGCUUAUAUGCAAACUAUUUGACCUUUUCUGACUUAUCAUUCAAUACUAGCCUUGAUGGGACUAAUGUAGGCCGUUUGCAUUGUUUGUUGCCUUGGUGGGAGGAUGCUACUGUGGAUUUUAUGACUAGUGGUGGUUAUAAUGUUGCUUCCCAAAUAGGAAAGGUAAAGCAAAAAACACUGAUCAUUUGGGGUGAGAAUGACCGUAUCAUCAGCAAUAAGCUUGCCGUGAGACUGCACUGCGAAUUACCUGAUGCAACUAUACGCCAGAUAGCCAAUUGUGGCCAUCUCCCUCAUGUUGAAAAGCCAGAUUCUGUUGUCAAAUUAAUAGCUGAGUUUGUUCAGAGGGAGGCCAGCAAGGUAAAUCAGCUUGUGGCAAAGGAAUCGUCACGUGAUAGAACUAUUAUAGAAGCAUAAGAUGUAUUGAAUAUUAAUUUUUUUUUUGUGACAUUAAAUAUUAAUUAUAGUUAUUGCCUAUUAUAGUUGGAUCCAUAACUUGAAUUUGAUUUACGAGAUGAUAUAUUGCUCAAUCAUAUUUCUCACUCUGGGGAACUGGAAUCGGACAGUCUUUGAAGUUUUUCCCACGAGGACAAUGUAUAUAUCUCACAUUGAACAAAUAUCAGAACUUAAAAUUGACAUUUAUGCCUCGAGG